GGAGCCCGCGAUGGCCAUCUUCAGCGUGUACGUGGUGAACAAGGCCGGCGGGCUGAUCUACCAGCUGGACCACUACGCGCCGCGGGCCGAGAGCGAGAAGACCUUCGGCUUCCCGCUGGAGCUGGUGCUGCGCCCGCACGACGAGCGCGUCCUCGUGGCCUUCGGGCAGCGCGACGGCGUCCGCGUGGGCCACGCGGUGCUGGCCAUCAACGGCCUGGAGGUCAACGGGCGCCUGACGGCCGACGGGCGCGACGUGCUGGAGUACCUGAGCAGCCCGGCCAACUUCCCCGUCAACAUCCGCUUCGGCCGCCCGCGGCUCUCCUCCAACGAGAAGCUCAUGCUGGCCUCCAUGUUCCACUCGUUGUUCGCCAUCGGCUCGCAGCUGUCCCCCGAGCCCGGCAGCUCCGGCAUCGAGAUGCUGGAGACCGACACCUUCAAGCUGCACUGCUUCCAGACCCUGACAGGGAUCAAAUUUGUGGUUCUUGCCGACCCACGGCAGUCAGGGAUAGACUCCCUUUUGCGCAAGAUCUAUGAGAUUUAUUCAGACUUCGCUCUCAAGAACCCUUUCUAUUCCUUGGAGAUGCCAAUCAGAUGCGAACUCUUUGAUCAACACCUGAAACUAGCACUGGAAGUAGCGGAGAAAGCAGGACCAUUUGGACCAGGCCUAUAGGACGGAUUUCGCCUGUUGCAACCUCCUGUUGGAUUCUUUCCUGCCUGACUGGGC